AUGUCUGCCGUCAACGAUAACGCCUCCUCGCCGCUCCCGGCCGACCUGGUGAGCAAGCGCAAGCAGGGUUCGGCUGCGUGUGUUCAUUGCCACCGGCGCAAGGUUCGCUGUGAUGCCCGUGUUGUCGGACUACCCUGUACAAACUGUCGCACAUCUGGAAAAGCCGACUGUCGCAUUCAUGAAAAGAAAAAGCGCCUUGCGGUGCGGUCGAUCCUCGAUCCCGUUCCGAUCCGAUCUCGGCCUCUACCAACUUCAGAUAGUGUCGCCAACCCGCCGACGACAGUGGGGACACCAUUGCCCCCAAGUUUCCCAACUGCCUUUUCAAGCGGUCCUGGUGCCGUAUCCUUAGCGAGCAAUCACCAACAUGAAUACCAAACGAAUCCUGGGUCCGACGCAUUCGGGCGCCACGACUUGUCGCACGCCCACGAGGCCCACACGGAGAUGGAACAGCACCUCGUAAAACUCAUCGACGAAGAGGAAUCGGGCCGACGAGAGAUCCAGAGAGGUGUGCGCGCAUUCUACGUUGGUCACGAACACUCCAACAUGUCGUUCCUGAUCCGCCAGCAGCGAGAUCGGGACGAUAAUGUAUACCAUUUUGCGAGCAACGAGAUCCCGCGGCGACAGAUGAAGACCGGCCAUGAUCAGCUGCUGAUGGAUGCGCUUACACUCCCCGAGCCCGCAUUAGCGGAUGAGCUAGUACAGGCUUACUUUACCUACGUUAACCCGGGUUACCCAAUUGUCGACGAGGACUUGUUCAUGACGCAGUAUCGAAAUCGGGACCCUGCAGAUCCCCCGCCAAUCCUGUUGCUCCAAGCAAUUCUUCUAGUUGGCACGCACGUGUCUCGUCCAAAGGCAGAGCGAGAUACGCUGAAAGAAAUCUUCUUCCGCCGUACCAAAUACCUCUUUGACAAUCGCAUUGAGCGAAAUCGAGAUAUCCUCGUUCAAGCAGCAUUACUACUGACUUGGCACUCGGACAGUGCUGAUGAUGAUGUCGCUGCAGAUGCUCAUUUCUGGGUCGGUGUAGCUGCACGGAUUGCCACUGGACUUGGUAUGCACCGUAAUCCAGUAUCCAGCAGUUUCGUUACUCGCGAUCGCCGAAUGUGGAGACGGGUCUGGUUCAUCAUGGUUCAAUUCGACGUAAUGGUCUCUCUGUCAUACGGCCGCCCUCAAGCUAUAAAUUUGGAUGAUUCAGACGUUUCUCCAUUGACACUCGCUGAUUUCGAAAAUUGCGGACCCCUCGUGCAAUCUGACUUUGUGAUUCAUUUCACCGAGCUUUGCACUAUGAUCUCAUAUUUGGUCAGGGAUCGAUUUGGACUUCGCGCCACAGAUGAACGACGCAAAGCAGUUCUCCAAGAAGCUGAUGAGUCGCUCGCAAGUUGGUCUCUGAAGCUUCCCGAUAACCUGCGCCUCCGGGCAUCCGAUAUGGACCCCUGGUCGGCUAUGCUUCACUUGACGUAUAACAAUUUCCUUAUCCUGCUGCAUCGGCCACAUCCUAGAGCAUCUGCUUACUCGGAUGAUUACGGUCCACACGAUGCGGAAAUUUGUAGUGCGGCUGCGGGAGUUAUUGCUUCUAUCUUUGAAGAGCUGAGGCUUAACGACCGCUUGAAGUUCCUCUGGUACACUGGCGUCCAUAAUCUGUUCACGGCCAUGAUUCAAGUCCGGGUGGAGCUUCGGUUUUCCAACCCAGUACUUGCGAUCAAUGCUCUUCGUCGCUUCGAUUCCGCAUCCUAUUCUCUGCGCGAGUUGGCCGGGUAUUGGGUCCACGCAGGCACAAUUCUACGCCUCUUCGAGGACUCGAAGCGUCUUCAAGAGGAUCUCCGUUUGGCAACCACUGGCGGGCCGAAGCCAUACGCUCCACCUCAGUCCCAGCCCCCGCCUCCGCCACCUAUCAAGGCUUUGCAAGUCACGUCCCCUGCUCCUGCAACAACGAUGCAGACUCCACGGCCAUUGUCCUAUGGCGUACCUACCCCGGACUCCACGCUAUCCCAACAGACUACCAUGUCACCGCAGGCAAACCCAGGCUUCGAGAACUGGAUCACAGCACCGCUCAGACUCAAUGUGGGUCCUAUGGAACGCAACGAUCCUUACUCGACCGCCAUGCAGGUCGAUCAGAUGGACCAGUCUCGCGACUACCCCGACUGGCGCCAGCUCUUUUCCUUCACGGACUCCGAUCUGCCCGUCCCCAUGGCAUUGGAAGGUCUCAUGGAACUCGAAGACGAAUGGCGCCAGAUCUAUUGGCAAGAUACCCCCAUGACAGACCUCAUGCAAGAUGGUGGCUGGAUCCCUGGUGGCUAG